CUUUAGUCUGUAUCCCAAAUUGAUGAAAAUUUAAUCGUGUUUCACAUAAAUGAAAAUGAAUAUUAAAUAAACAACUGAAUGGUGUAAAGUUAUACACAACAAGACGUAUCUUAAAAACCAAAAUGUAUAUUUUUUAAAAUGCUUAUGCAGUCUUGUCGCAAGUGAUUAAUCGAUCUGUAACAACUGUUUAGUUUUAGCUGUAUAAGAUAACAAUAUUUUAUGGGCGGCAUUAACCCCAGUUUUGCCUGGAAAAAAUUCUUAUAUAGAGAAACGAAAACUACUCUAAAAUGUUAAGAGUUACCAAGAUGAAGAAAAAGCUACUUGUUUUAAUUAUAAUGUUGAUACUCUAAAUACAUUACACAAAAAAAUAAAGCAAAUGGGGGCAAACUCUUCCAGUGGAGGCUCUCCAAUAGCCGCACCUGCUGAGCCCGCAAGUGCUAGCAGUGAGAAUGGCAACGAGAACAUACCGGUACUUCAAGCACUUACAACUGUAAGUAUGGGAUCUUCGGGCUCUAAUGUCAGCGGAGGAGGCCCUGGCACAAGUGUAGCCUAUAGUGGCAUUCACUACCAUCGAGACCAAAGGCGAAAGCGAGUGACCGGGUUUGCUACGCUAAAGAGGAAGUUCAUACGUCGGCGGCGUUCAUCAAAAGCAUGUGAUCACGCUCGUAUUUUACGCGACUUUGUGUGUGACUGGACCCCCCUUGAAUUGGCUGCACUGUGUGAGGAGUUUGAAGCAUUGGCGGCAUUAAGAGAUUUAUCGGUGCAAGCGGAAUUGGCACGUCCCCCGGCAGCUACAUACAAACAAGAUCUGGCUGCUCUUUAUGACUUACACUUGUGUACAGAUUGUGAUCUUGUAUUCCGUGGAUCAAUAUUUCCAGUACACCGUUCCAUAUUAUCCUCACGUUGUACAUAUUUUCGAGACUUGCUUUCUGGUUGCCCGGGAUUUGGCGCACGCAUAUGUCUCGAGCUCCCUUCGUCGCCAAUCGACGUGCAAAUAUUCGCUUCAUUGUUGCGUUACUUGUAUACAGGCGAUCUUUGUCCACAUGAUCCGACAAUUAAUGUUAAUUUGCUUCGUCAACUUGGGGACGAUUUUGGAACACCUAAUCCGCUUGAACAUGAUCUACGUUAUUUGUUGGAAACAGGCGAUUACGCUGAUGCCGCACUAGUUUUUACAGCUGAAAGUACCAACGAUUGUUUGCGUCAGGACACGGGUAAUUCAGAGUACGGCUUCAGACCGAAACUUGAGCUUCCAUGUCAUAAGGCUGUAUUAAGUGCGCGUUCGCCUUUCUUUCGUAAUCUUAUUGCCCGCCGAGCCCGUAAUAUUGAUGAGUACAUAGAGCGCUCUAUACAUGUUCCCACGCGUAUUGUUCUUGACGAAACAGUUAUACCGAAGAGAUAUGCCCGAGUUCUACUUCAGGCAAUAUACUUAGAUACGGUUGAUUUGACACUUAUAUUGCGAGGAGCAGGAACCGGCAGUUCAGCCGGCUCUCUUGGCGAGGUUCAUGCAUUAACAAACACUGGUCGUGUUAGACCAACUACUCUUGAAGAAGCAAUGGAGCUAUACCAAAUUGGCCGGUUUCUAGAACUUGAUAUUUUAUCACAGGGCUGUGAAGACUUAAUACUUGAGUGGUUGUCACUUGAAACGUUGUCAAUGGUUUUAAAGUGGGGCUGCCAGCCUCACGGAUCUGCAUGGAUUUUUCGUCAGGCGGUCCAAUACAUGCGGGAAGAAUUUGCCGCGGUAAGCGCUUCACCAGUGCUUUGUCAGUUGGAUAAGAGACAACUUGUACAUAUAUUACAAAGUAACUUCUUACAAGCAUCAGAAUUGGAGGUAUUACAAGCUGUUCUAAAAUGGGGUGAACAAGAGCUUAUUCGACGUAUGGAAGAUCGGGAGCCAAAUCUAUUAUCGCACACUGCUCACUCGGUGGCACGAAAGGGCGUUAAAAGACGUGAUCUUAGUGACAUUGAGUUGCGCGAAAUACUUUCGGAACUGCUGCCUUUGGUAAGGAUGGAUCACGUUUUACCGCCAAACAGUGAGGUGUUAUGUCAAGCUAUACGCCGUGGUCUUGUCAGCACACCGCCAUCGCACAUGAUUGGCGACGAGCGUGAAAAUUUACGUGUUAACGCUUGGAUACGCGGAGGAAAAAAUCAAGGUCUCUUUGUUCGACCACGACUCUUCAUGCCGUAUUUUGAGGAGGUAAAAGCAUUACUAGAAGAUCGAAUGGCCUCGUCUCACCAUCAAGUUGAACUCAUGCGUAUGCGUAGGUCACGGCACUUUCCUGAUAUUCCGGACACUCUUUACAUGGUAUCGCGCAUGAACGCCGUUGCAAAUAGCGGUUUUGCCGCUGGCGUCACUUGUAGUAUUGGUAGCGACAACAUAGGUAAAGUUGAGCCAACUGUUAUACCACCACCAGAUAGUCAAACGAUUUUAGCAAUGCGUAAGCGUGAGCAUAAACUUCGUCAGUCGCCAAUGUGUCAACGGGCUCUGCUACUGCCCCUUUCAUCAAAGCAUGAAAUCGACCGACAAAUUCGUCUACGCGUGGUAAGAGAAUUUAAUCUGCCAGAUGAAGUAUCUGAUCUGCUUGAAACUUCUCUGUUGACGAACCAAGAAAGCGGCAAUAGUCAGAAAGAAUGCAACGACGUUCCAACAACUCAAACACAAGAAUGUCUAUUAGAAGAUGAAAAUCAAAGUCCGCCACCGUCACCAGCAGUUACGGACACCGCUCACCAAACAGCUGUUGCCACUUCAUUUUUAUCAAUCUCGUCCGUGGCUUCGUCAGCUUCUUCAGUGUGCGGUACAGAUCCUGUGCAACCAUGCUAUAGUCGAAAUUUGACUUUUCCACGUCAUCAGUCAAGUAGCUUACUCGGUGUAGAAACUCUUUUGGCAACCAACUCGAGCUCGGCACUACAGUCAAGCUAUGCACGACUAUCGGCAUCAGUGCACCAUCGCAAUGAAUUACCAGCUUUGAUUACAGAGGGCGAUUUUCGAUUUCCACAUUGUAAUGCUUUGAACAUAGACAGGAUAGUUGAAAGCGGUUCCAGUGGAUUAGACUCUGCCAAUGGACAUCUUUCUGAUAUGAUGCCCGAUGUGGCCAUGGCUACUGCGUCCUUAGGCCAGCUACAUCUUACCACAGCAGGCUCUAGUUGCGUUGGUAAUCCCAGUCAUCGCAUUAUUGGUAGCAACAGUGAUAUGUCCGAAAGCUUGCAAUUAGAUUUAGGAGAUGGCCCGAGUCCUCACAUUAUCAGUAGUGCUGCUGGUGUGAUAACUUUGCGAAAUUUACAACAUCAACUGCCGCAGGGCAACUACCACCACAUCAUGCACCGUUCGAACUCGCCAUUUGAUAUUUUGCGACAGGAACAGCGCUCACCUGCUCCACUCCACCAUCCUUCAGGUGCAUUGAAUUCCGGGCCACCUAGAUUUUUAUAGAGGUUGCAAGUGGCUCCCGAUAAUGGACUUUACUUUAGCACUUCGUUCUAAAAAAAAUAUAAAUAAUAUUACAAUUUCAGAAAAAAUAGUUAAUUUAAAAACAAAUUAAUGUAAUGUAAUUUAAAAAAAUGAACCUAAAUAUGUACGCUCUUAGCUACGAUUUGUUAAUCUACAAUUUAGAUGAAAUUGCGUUUGUACAAAAGAUAAAGGAUUAAUAUUAACAUACUAAUAUUUGACGCAAUUCAAUGAACAUAUAGUUCUUUUUAUAAAAAUAAUGAACAAAACGUUUAGCUUGCAAAAACUUUUGCAUAAUUUGUUAAUAAUAAGGCUUAUUUUAUUUUUUUUUCAGAUUACAAUUAAUCAAACUGUAUUUGCAUUCCUCUUUCGACAUGUAGCUGUCAUUGUCUUCGCCAGACUGAUAACACACUGCUACAA